CAACGAUAUGGCAGGUAGGUAGUCCCGAGGUCCCAACAACCUAUCCAUCUAACGGCCUAAAAUUCCCGUUGUAUCAUUGAGAUCUUUUGUCUAACGGUACAUUUUGAGCGAAGUCGGAGUUGUCGGUUGUCCUAACAGCAAUAAAAUCAGGUCAGGUACUUGGCACAUACAUUCAUUUACGCACAAUGGACUGGGAUGAGCGCGGCAUUCUGGACAACAAUGUGUCGUUCCUCUUAUGGAUUAGGAAGUACGAUAAAGCACGCGAGGAACAACUGACGGACUGGGUGUCGACUCUUCACAGGGAUCACCUACCUUGCGAACUCGCUACUCAUAAGCUUGAUGAUAGCCGUGGUGCCUACAACAUCAAUUGCAAGGUAGUGUUUAGCAAUGGCGAGAAGUGGAUGGUUCGCUUUCCCAUGGUAGGAAAGGUCAUGAACGCCGACGAGAAAGUCGAGAUCGAAGUAGCUGCGAUGAAACUCAUCCGUCAGCAGACCAAUGUCCCCAUUCCUGAUGUCAAAGCGUGGGGAUUAGCUGCUGAUAACCCUCUCGGAAUUGGUCCAUUUAUCAUCACGGAAUUUAUCGAAGGCGUUAGUGUCGAUAACAUUCUGCAGAAUACUGAUGCUAGGAUGAUGAAAGAAGAUGUCAGUGAAGGUGUAGUUGAAACUAUCUUUCGGCAAACGAUCAGCUUUCAAUUGCAGCUUCAACAGCUGAAGUUUCCACGCAUCGGCAGCUUGACCUCGACAUCCACAUUUGGCGAACCUGGAUUUUCUGCAACGAUUCACUCGCGACCACUUACCCAGAAGGCUCAUGAUCUCAUGAAGCUGGGCGGAGUUGAUGUUCUAGGUCCUCGCGACAAAACAUACUCAUCAACAACUGAGUAUUUUCACCACAUCGUCGACCAAGACUUACGACAUCUUCAUCGCCAACUGAAUUCAGUUGACGAUGCUGAAGACGCAAGGGAUAAGUUUGUAUACUGGAGCGUCAUGAAAGCUUUGGUAGCACGUCACGUCUUGCCUAGCCAAGACAAGGGCCCUUUCAAGUUCAUGUGCGACGAUUUUCAGCCCGCAAAUAUGAUAGUUAACAAUGAGCAAGAGCUCAAAAUCGUGGCAGUGAUUGACUGGGAGUGGUCGUAUGCGGCGCCAGCCCAGUUGGUGCAUUCCACGCCAUCGUGGCUGCUCAUAGAGUCCCCGAAUACUUGGCCCUCGGUCGAUGAAAGGCUUGCCAGGUUCAAUAGGUACUUGGAGCUAUACACCCGAAUCUUAGAGGAGGAAGAACAAAAAAUUCCAGGUCAUGAUGUCCGCGAAGACGAGAAGCCUUCGUCGUUGCUGAGGGAAUGCCAGAAGCAAGGACACCAGUGGUUCCACUUCAUCUUGCUGCGCGGUUUUAAUGGACCAACCUGUGUUCCUUUCGUCAAGCUCCGCGAAGAGACAGCGGAUUGGGACGAGCUUGUUUCAGCUGUACCAGAGGAGAAAAUCAAGGCUUUUGUCCAGAAAAAGGUGGCAGACCUGCAAACGUAUGAGACGCACUUAGCGGAAAUACAAGAGAGGUACGAAGCGGCCUUGGGGGCGGAAUCGGAAGACAAGCUGGCCUUCCUUGAGGAGAAUGUAAAGAGUAUUGGCAUUGAUAGGGAGCGACAUCAUUGGCGAUCAUGGAAGUGCUUCGAUCAGUAAAGCUGGAAGUAAGAUCUAAUAUAAUGCGAGGACCUCUUGUGGUCAGGAGACCAUUCUGCACCUACACGCAUUUUCCUUUUUUCAUAAAUCUUUGUAUUGUAUAGCGAUAUGAAGCUCAAUUCAUUCCCCACAACGGUUCACCUG